AUGAGGGUGAAGACAGCCGUGUUACAGCUGAUACUGAUAGCAUUAGUGGGUGCAAAGAAAAAUGUUUUGUUUCUGGUGUCAGAUGAUAUGAGACCAAACCUCAAUGCCUAUCUGGGUCCAGACAUGCCGUCUCCUGUCCAUCCCAAGAUGCAUACACCUACUCUCGAUGCCUUAGCCAGCAGAUCCCUUGUUCUGAAGAGAGCCUACGUGUCUCAGGCUUUAUGCAGCCCCAGUAGAACUGCCCUUGUUACCAGCAGGCGGCCUGACACUAGUCACAUAUGGGACAUUGGACCUUACUUCCGACAAGUUGGCGGCAAUUUUACUACACUGCCAGAAUACUUCAAGCGUAAUGGCUACCGAACUAUUGGAAUGGGGAAGAUCUUUCAUCCUGGCAGUUCCUCAGGAGGAGAUGAUCCCGUAUCGUGGACGGAUCCAUACUUUCACGCAGAAGACGUUUACAGGGCACAUGAUCACCUUUUAUGUGAUGCAAUAUCAGAGGAAAGAGAGAAGGCCCAACCACUUCAGGAUCAGAUGAUUGCUGACUAUGCAAUAAAAACACUUCAGGAAGUUGCACCUCGAGCAAAGUAA